AUGUUCUCCCUGCCGUCCCUCCCCUCCUGGGUCAGCCUCCCCUCCCUCCAGUGGGGCUCCAGCCUCCUGGACCCCCUCCUACAAGGCCUCACCGGGGCCUGUGGAGUGUCCGUUCUCACCAGCCUCCUGAAGGUCUACUUCUUCGUGGGCUGUGCCAACAACCCAAAACGGCAGCUUGAGAAGGAGCGACUGCGGGCCCAGUGGGCCUCCCUGGAGACAGCGCACCUGGCAGGGCUGGCCCUGAUUCUGACCGUCGUGGGGGCCCGCGUGGCGGCCCUGGUGGUGCUGGAGUUCUCCCUCAGGGCUGUCUCCACGCUGCUCUCGCAGGACAAGGGCUCCCGGGGCACCCAGAGGCUGCAGCUCUACCUGCUGAGCCAGUUCUCGCUGGGCUGCGGGCUGACCUGCGGCCUGAGCUUCCUGCACGAGGGCGCCCCGCACGGCACGCUCGGCCUGCUGCUGGGGCUCCUGCUGGCCGCGCUGCUGGCCAGGGCCGCCCGGCGCCUGCGCGCCCACGUCUGCCGCCUCUACGAGCUGCACAGCGCCCAGCACUACUGCGGGCUCUGCCUGGGCCUGCUGGCCGGCCGCGACGACCUGCCCCGGCUGCUGGGCCGCGCGCUGGCCCUGGCCUUCGUCGUGGGCGACCUGGCGGCUGUGGCCCUCAUCAACCGGGACUUCCUGACCACCUCGGAGGCCGUGCGCUUCUGGACGCCUCUCACCAUCUGCUACACCCUGCUGGUCAUCUACAUGCAGGAGGAGCAGCGACUGCACCCCGGGCUGCAGGGCCAGGUCCAGACAGUGCUGGUGCGUAUGGGCGGCCUCUUUGUGCUGCUGCUGACCGUGGGCAGCUGGCUGGACCUCCUGGGUGUCUUUGUCUCCCUCCUGGGCGAGCUCUGGUGCCUGGUGGGCGUCCGCACCCUGAUCGACCUCUGCCAGAUACAGGAUUUUCCAUCCCAGAGGCCUGCUGCACCUGUUUCAGACCAGCGCCCGCCUGCAGCUCCUGACCAGCCCCAGCAAACCGCCCCCUCCUGACCUGCCUCGACAAGGGCUUGGCAUCCGUCUGAGGCCGCUGGGCUCACGUGGAGGACUUAACUCCAGGACACUGCCUGGAAACGGCGUGGCAGGCCUGGCCCCUGCUGGCUGGUGCACCUACAGGCUGUGGGUCAUCUCUCUUCCUCAGGACAGGCCGUGGCUAGAGACCCUCAGCUGCCUUGCUAGGAGGGCUGAGGGGGUGGGGGAGACCUACACCCCAGAAUGGCUUCCCCUUUCCCAGCCUCCCUUGUCCUCUCCAUGAGCAAUAAAAAUGAU